GUUUUUUGCAGAUUUUGACGAAAAUCGGCAAUACAUCGUGAAGAAAAGCCUAUAAGAGAAACAGAUAGUAGAUAUUGCCAGCUUUGUAUAUGCUGGAAAACGAUAUCUGGAAAAGUUUGAGGAGAAUCGCAUUCUGAUGACCAUUAUUGUCGUUUGUAUUUUAACUUGUUCCGAUUUACGAUGUGUAUUUAAAAAAUAUAGCUAUGAGAUAAAUGGACAGACGAUUCCGUGCUUAUCACAACGGUUAUCACUCAUUUAUCUGUACAGCUUAUAUAACUUCAGGUUGUCCUCAACGUCUGUUCCACGUUAGAACAUACGCUGUCAUAGAGAGCGUACAAAGUUUACCUGUCGUAUUAUCAGUUGUUGGGACUAGCGCGCAGUAAAGUAGUUUACUACAAUGUUUUACAUCCGAGAUUCGAUAGCAGGAUUUACCCACUAAAACUAGUAUAUCGCAUUUUCCUCAAGAGGCGCUCUAACGACGUGUGUCCCAAUAUCGGAUGACAAACAGAUUUUGCUAAUUAUGCUUAAAAAAGAUCUAUUUCAAUGGGUGAUAGAUUUAUCUUUUCAAUUUAAAAAUGGAAUCUUGGUCACUUGGUUAGGUACUGAACCAACAGUAAGCAUUCGAAAACCCCAUCAAAUAGAGGUUAUCCUAAAAAGUCAAACUCUCACGCGAAAAUCCAACAUAUAUGAAUUUUUUGCAUAUUGGCUAGGAAAUGGUUUAUUAACGUCUUCUGGGGAUGUAUGGCAUCGCAACAGACGUUUAAUGACACCUGCCUUUCAUUUUUCAAUGCUUGAUCAGUUUAGUGAGAUUAUCACUGAAAAGGUUGAGCUUUUUAAUAAUUGCAUAAAAAUGGAAGUAGAUAAAAAUCCUGAAGCUCCAAUCAACAUAUUCCCUAUGGCAAUUAAAUUUACUUUAGAUACAACCUGUAAACCAGUAAUGGGCGUAGAUAUGGCGUAUAAUCCACAAAAAGCUGAUAAUGAUAACAUAGGUAAACGCAAACCCAAAGUUUUUUUGGAUCGUCUAAUGGAUUUAAGUGAAGCAGAUGAGAACCCGCUCUCUUUAGAGGAAAUCCGAGAACAAGUUGACACUUUCAUGUUUGGCGGUCACGAUACCACAGGAAUUACCAUCAGCUGGGUACUUUUCAGUCUUGGUAAUGCUCCCGAAGUUCAAAGAAAAGUUCAUGAAGAGCUGGAUAAUGUUAUUGGCAUAGGAAAUCAACCAGCUACUAAAGAGCAAUUAUCUCAGCUUAAAUACCUUGAUCGAGUGAUUAAAGAAACGCUUAGAAUUUAUCCUAGUGCACCUAUGGUUGGUCGUAUUUUAGAUCAUAAUACCGUGAUAGAUGGUCAUAUUAUUCCAAAAGGAGUCGUGGUGAACUUGCAAAUUUUACAUCUACAUCGCGAUCCAGAAAUUUGGGAUGCUCCAGAUAAGUUUAAUCCAGAUCGAUUUCUACCAGAAAGCAGUAAUGGAAGGCAUCCAUAUGCAUACGUUCCUUUUAGUGCCGGUCCAAGGAACUGUAUUGGGCAAAAGUUUGCUGGAUUAGUUUUAAAAAUUGCAUUAACUGCUAUUAUGAUAAAGUGGGAAGUAAAAAGUGCGUUAAAACCAUCAGAAAUAAAACUAAAUUCUCAAAUAGUGUUAACACCUGUCAAUAGAAACCUUGGUAUAUAUUUUAAACCAAGUAAUCAAAUCAUAACAAUUAAUAGUUAGUAAUGCAAUUAUUAAAAAUAUGGGCUGAAUAAUACAAAAAAAAUGUAAUCUUUUAUCAUUUGUAAUUUUUUUGCUUGCAUAAAAUUAAGAAAUUGAGAA